UAAAAUAUUUACGCGUUAUUUUAUUGUUAUGUUACAUGCAUGGCCUUAGUCGUAAAUACAUGUUAGCAAUUUAGUCUACUUCAGACGCAAUAACAUAGCAUUAUUCACAAAAAUCGUACAAUAGGUUUUUAAAAACAAACUGACAAAAAAUCCUGAUAUAAUUAUGUGUUACAUAGGUGGUGGGUAUGUUACACAUGGUGUCGUUAGCCAAGAAGAGAAGUAAAUACAUCAACGACGAGCUGUCAAUGAAGAUAGAGCCGCUCACGUACGAGGACGCCGUCAAGGAAUAUGGGAUAGAACUUAAACUCAAAAGUCAGAUGACCAAGGCGGACCAGCAGGUGGUGGUGAGCGAGGCGAAGACGCAGUUCCCGGAGCGGUUCCCGCUGGCCGACGUGCCCGCGCUCGCCUUCUGCCCCGCGCCGCGAGCGCACGCCCGCCUCGCGCUGCCCACACACGCCGGCCUACUCUUCAUCCUUACUGUCUCAUAACUAACUGAAACAACUUGUAGGGAAUCAAGAAGGUGCGUGCGGAGCCGAAACCGGCCAAACCGCGCGCUCUUCCCGCGAUUUUCCCCGUAUCAUCCGAGGGUCGGUGGGGCCAUGAGUGGUGGGCUCUCAAUGUAUGUAAUAACUUGUCUUCAAAAAUCAAAUGUGUCGGAAAACCUUGGAUCGAAUUACAAAAAUCGGUUGUACUGCCCACUUCGCAAGUUAACUGCUGCUCAAUAUCAGAUGGGUCUAUGAGAAGAUUGACGUUAAAACAACCCUUUUAAAACGUCAGUGGUUGGCUCUUGAAAUUCUAGGAAAAAAAAUUCCAUUCCGUAUAUGUAGAGUCGGGGAAAGUGUUCCACCUUAAAAGCUCUAAAAUCUUUUAACAUUUUGUAACGAAAUGCGAGACAAAAAUCAAUUUAUAAACGUAUCUGUAAGAAAAAAGGUUGGUUAAUGAUACACAAUUAGUUUAUUUUGUCCCUUCGCUUGUACCUCUUAAUAUCUAAGUAGUUAUUUGUAAGAAGUGGCGGAGUUUAUCUCGUUGCAUAAAACAAAGCAAUUUCCUAAAGUGGAACACCGCUAACUAUUAAAAAAUAAUACAUAUGUAAAACUUCCGUUACGCUGCUUGCAAAGAAUGUCAUACAGUAAACCAGUCUAAACAAAUAGAAAUUAAUAAACAAAACUAAUAACAGAUUGUUAUACAAUAAAAUAUAUGCGAUACGUUUGUAAACAAGAAACACGCAUUGGAGCGGUUUCCUUCACGAGUUGAAACGUUAGCUAAUCGCAACAAGUAUCCGCCAUUGCUCCGGCUUCGGUGGUUAAUUAACACACGUAACACGCCGCUUGUGUUCUACAGAACUUAUAAUUACAUAUUAAACUAAAUUAAUAGAGGGGAACUAUUAAACACAUUUUAACAGUUGCCUGAUUUGCGAUUUCAAAACUUAGGGCCUAUCCCACCACUGACUAGAGGCUCAAAUAGUCAGAUAAGUUAACAAAAUUCGAUAUUUCUAUCACAUAUUUUACACGUUGGAUUGUGAUCAGACAAUUUACAAUUUGGUGGGACAG